AUGCGACUCAAGCGUCUCCAACCAUCCCUUAACCCCGAAGCUCAAAAGCUCGUCACGCUACUCGACACGAUCGGCGUGAAAUCGACCGAUCAAGUCGUCCACACCCGCUCGACAAGGUUGUUCGGCUUGCUCCGACAAGCAACUAGGAAUGCCAGAGAUGCUCAAGGGAACGACAACGACGACCAGGACGGAGUGACGAUCGGGGAGGCAUGGGGAUCGUUGUUGGAAGCCUGUCUGCAGGAGGAAUUAGCGGGCAGGAAACCUUUGAACGCCAUGUCGAUCCUGGAUCUGGCUGGUGGUAGCAGUGGCGGGGAAGACGCGGGGUCGGGCUCAACUUCAGCGGGAUUCGGAUUCGGGUUGGAAAGCCUGGACGACCUCUUGAUGGGUUUCUUCAAGGAAUUCUCGCAAGGCGGAGUUGUAGAGGUUGCAGGGACGAAAAGCUCAGGACGGACUGCGAGCAUCCUACUAGCGCUGCACCUAGUCCUGCGAAUCCUCUUCCACGACCCACGAUCAACCUGUCUCUGGAUAGAUACAGAAGCUUCCUUCGACGCCGACCGGGUCAAGGAUAUCAGCGCGAGGCUUUCCUCUCCGUCACCCACACCACACGUUCAAGGUGGUAUAGAUGUGGAAGCAGCCAAGAGUGAAGAUCUUGCAAGAUCCCAACAAGGGGAAGCACAGGAUGCGUUGGAGAGGCUUGAGCUUGCUGUCCUGUUUGAUCUGGACGGGGUGAAACAGACGUUGAACCUCUUCCGGCAGAAACAACUGGAUAACAGCAGCGGUAAUACAGAUAGGAACUGCGACGAAACGAAUGACGGCAUCGUGGAGCAGCCAAAUACGACGGGGAACACAGGGAAGAAGGUCAUCGUCAUCGAUUCGAUAGGACCUCUCUUAGGACCUUGUCUGGUCAGUGGGAACGCGCACGGUCGGGCGGAAAUGCAAGCCUUCUUGGAUGGUUUGAAGGUGUUGGUAGAAAAAACCGGGGCAUUGUGUAUAAUGAUCAACUCUACAACCCCCCUGACAGGUCCGCGGCAACUGAACUCCUUUCCCUCCGUCUUCAGCACGACCUCGGUCAAACCGGCGCUGGGUCUGAGCUUCACGUAUACGAGCGAUGUGACGUUGUUGCUGCAGCGGACGGGGGAGGUGUUUGACCAAGACGACAGGGAGAGGAAGGACGGGGCGGGGAGGAGUGUCGUGGAGGUCUUGAAGAACAAGUUUGGGCCGGCAUCAACAUGGACGGUGUUUCAGACUGACGGGAUCGGGAUUUACGACGUGUCGCCCUGA